UAAACGAUCAAGAUAUGCUGAGGUUUCUCCUUAUGGGGUUUUCACAUGUUGGCUGUCCUGCGUUCGUUGUUGCUUAGUGGCCAUCGCUGACACGCUUUGCUACGAUCUCCCUGCCGCAAAGUCCGGGCAUGGGUCCAAGUUUCGCGCUCCUACUUUUUGAUUUUGGUUUCGUCAUUCCUUCUACAACAUCAGCUUUUUCGAUUCAAUUUCCGCUGCGAUGGCCGCGUUAUUUUCUGGACUACCCUCGAUACCGUAUCCGCCAGAGCAGGAAGGAUGGUGGUCUCCAAUCACCUCAACGCUAGAUUGGUGCGAGGAGAACUACGUUGUGACACAAUACGUUGCAGAGAUCAUAAACACCUUGACAAACCUUCUAUUUGUCUAUUUGGCUGUCAAAGGCAUUCGCAAUUGUCUGAAGCACGACCAUGACACGGUUUUCCUGGUUGCUUUUAUUGGCUAUCUACUUGUCGGCACUGGAAGCUUUCUCUUCCAUGCGACAUUGACAUAUCCUAUGCAGCUAGUGGAUGAGUUGUCGAUGAUCUACACGACAUGCCUGAUGAACUUUGCAACCUUCUCAUAUGGCAAAUCUAGACGAUACUCUACGAUACUGGCUGUAGCUUUGGUAUCACUCGCCUUGUUUAUUACGCUGUAUUAUCAUUAUCUUCAGGACCCGACGUUCCAUCAGAAUGCGUACGCUAUCUUGACGGCAAUCGUGCUCUUCCGCGCAAUGUACGUCAUGGAAGUAAACAUUCGGCCAAAGUUUCGCUCCAAGGCGAGAGAGAGGGCGAAUCCGCGUCCAAAUGGUGGUGUCAAAGCAGUGCAGGAAAGUGAGGAUCUGAGGGACCAGGAGAUUCUACGCACCAUGUGGAUGAUGAUUACCUUCGGCCUGAGUAUUUUUCUCGGAGGCUUCGCAGUCUGGGGUCUAGACAAUGAGCACUGCUCUACAUUGCGAAGAUGGCGGAGAGACAUGGGGAUGCCUUGGGGCUUUGUGCUUGAGGGACAUGGUUGGUGGCAUCUCAUGACGGGGACUGGAGCGUAUUUCUACAUUGUCUGGGGCGUCUGGCUUCGGCACUGUUUGAACUACAAGCAGGAUGAAUACGAACUGUUGUGGCCAAACUUCUGGACCAUGCCCGAGGUCGUGAAGCGGGGAGGCUCUUCAGCCAACGGACACACGAGCAGCUCCAGGAAGAAAGAGCUGUAGGCUACAAGUAUGAAGGUAAGGCAAAUGUCACACGAUUGCGUCAAUUUAGAAGCAUUAGACUAUGGGGGUUACACUGCAAGGCUGGUGUUUUGUUGUGUUGAGCAGCUGUAGGUGGAGACGGUCGGCUGCGGGCCGUGGUUGGGAUGGGAAGAACUCCUGAACCGCAGCCCGUCUAGGCGAUGCAAAUGCACACAUCGCUACCACGAUAUUUGAGCACAUUUUGUGACUAUGAAGGAAUGACAAAUCCCACCCGG